AAGAGUUUCGUAACCCUAACCUAACCUUAUUGCUCACAAUGUUUUGACUUCCUGAGUGAACUUUUUUCUAAACUUUUUGAAGAUCGUUAUAUCCGUGGAUUAUAGUGUUGUUUCUAAGGUGUUUUCAAUGAUAGCAUCCAACUUUCUGUUUCCUUUUCUCCUACGUGUAAUCCUGCUUUCUGAAAGUAAUGGUUUGAUCAACAUGAGCUACCAAUCGAAUCUUAUUUCGUUGUCCAAUCUGGAUCUAAAUUCGUGAGGAACAUUCGCCACCAAAAUGAUACGUCUUAGGAAGAAGUCUACGGAUUUUCCCACAUUUAUCUCUCUCAAAAUCAUUAUUUCUAUCGUAACAUGAUGGCAACAUGCUUCAAGACUAACCCUAAAUGUAUAGUGUUCACUGCUGGCUUUUGCUUUGGUGCCUUGGUCGCUUUUUUCAUUUUAUCGAACAAUGAGAAAGUCAAACUCGAUUCAUCUGUUCUUCAAAAACAAUACCAAAUUCAGCCUUUUGACUCUGUGCAAAGCUAUAACCAUUGGUUUCGCAGAAAUAACUUGAAGCGUCACAAACUCAAGCAACAGUGCUCAGUAGAUGCAUUUACCAAUAAAAAUAUUACAAGGGAAUCUCAGUUCCUUUUUAAGAGAGUGAAAGUUGCUUGUAUUAUUUUUUACCAGAAUGACAGCCUCCAUCAAACCUACAAUACAUGGAUUCAGUCAUGUAAUAAGUAUUUCUUCAUCGGUUCAUCAAACGACAUCAGUAGCUAUGUUAACUCGAUUGUCGAGAAUCAUGAUGUACCAAUCUGGAAAAAAUUCUACGACCUUCUCUCAAAACAUUCUAAAAAGAUAGAAAAUUAUGAUUGGCUGUUCUUUGCUAUUGACAGCGAUAUGUUAGUAAUUAUGGAAAACCUGCGUCAUUUGUUAGCUAGUCUAAAUCCUAAGGAGAUAUAUUACCUUGGAAGAACAACAUUUGAGAAAGGAAUCCUAUUAAAUGAGGCUGAAGCAGGAUUUGUUUUGAGCAAAGCAGCUGUCCAAAAAUUGAGAUUAAUUUUUGAGAGUCAGCACUUAUCUGGCUACAUCAAUGAGAAAAUUGAUGUUAAUCUAGGUAAAAUAUUUUCAGAUCUUCACUUACCUCUGUUGUCUACCCUUGAUCACAACGACUGCACGAGAUUCCACUCAGAGACUUUAGAGGAGCUCUUUGAGAAAUUACUCAGUAAGGAAGUGCCUUGUGUCAGCAACUUAGCUGUGUCCUUCUCGUUGAAGGGUAAUCUUGACCACAUUUACUUUUAUCACUACCUCGUACAAAGGACAAAAGUGGUUAAAAAGCAUGAACUGACGUGUGAUACACUCCCCUCAAACUCUAUUACUAAGGAUGAUUACAAAUGGUGGCUCUAUGAAAACCAAGAUUUCCUGGGUGUUGACCCUCGCAAUUUAUCCAAGAAACAAUUUUAUGACUUGUGGCUGAAACAGGUACCACUCGGUGAUGUUGGUGACUCAGAUCCGAAUGGAGGGUUUAAACAACAUGCCAACAAGUCUAAAAUUCAAGAUGUUAGAAAUUCCAUUACCUGAUUAUACUGAAUUUUACUCAUUUUGUAAAUGAAAGGCAUUUUAGUGUUGUGAAACUAACUCAAGAGAGACGUGAUGAAAGAGAAACAUCAAUGUGAUUCUUGCCAAUCAAGAAAAUUUCGUUUAUGAAAUUGUGCAAGCUCAAACAGAAUUUAUGAGUUUUAAAUGGCAUCAAUGCCCUAGAAAAAAUUCCUCUGAUCACUACACUCUCUAGCACAGUAUAAUUUCUGACAAAUUGUGCUAAUGGUCGUAUCCAUUGGGUGGAUUUCACCAGAGGCAGCCGAACUGACCUCAAAGUUGUCCAACUUCCUCACAUGUUUCAUUCUAACUAAGCAACAUUGAGGCUUGGAACUUACUGUGCAAUUUCCUUGGAAUAUGAUGAUAUACUCAAAACAUUUCAAGGCAGAAACUGGAUAGUUUUUCUCGUAAAAAAAAUAAAACUUGAAUGAGUGAAGGAAUGUCUGACAUAGUUAGGCUGAUGUUGGUAAAUAUUGUCCAAUUCAUUGUGAUUUAUUUUAAGUUCUCCAUUGUAUAGUUUUUUCUUCUUUGUAAUGUACAGUAAAACUUCGAUUAUCUGGCCCGGUUUUACAAUCAUUUAAGCACGCUGAUAGUGCCGAAAGUUAGCAAACACAUCGAAAAAACAGCGUCAAAGAAACACUGCAUACUUUAAGCCUUCAAGCCAAGUUUAAGUUGGCAUGUACAUAAUGUAUAUUAUGAUUACUGCAGUGUUGGUCGGUCGUGCUGUUCGUGUUUCUAAUUAUCAUUAGGCUUUUCCUGUAUUUGGCUUGGGCGCUGCACGGGUCAGACCGGUAAAUCAAGGUUUUACUAUUAUUGAUUUUGUAUCAAACCUCUUUUUAAAAUAGGAACUUGAGCUAUAAGCUUCAUAUGAAAGGACUAAGGACGGAAUACAGAGAAAUCUGAUGCUGGUCAGUUUUCAUUAUCAUUUUAUUUGAUGUUCCUUGUGACCUCCUGAGUACGAUGAGCUUCUAAAAGAUUGAACUCUCCAGGUAAGUGCCAAACUCAAGAAAAGUGGGGCUGAAAAAUUAAUUUUUCAGAAUUUUGAAAUGUAUUACUCGCUUGUAAUGUUGCAACUUCUGAUUGAUGAUUAAGUAGAGCUUUUAUCUCCUUGCCAACUUGGAAGAUAAGAUGAACAAAAAGAAUCCAGUUCAUCCGAAUGAUACGUUGUGCCGUAGCGUCCACUCACAUACAGCAACCGAUCCACUUUUUCAUGAGUAAACACACGUAUGAGUACAAAAAAAUUCACUUUUCAACUCAACUUUUCUCGACCAUGGCACACAGAAAGAUCUAUUUUGACAGUUCAUCGUAAUCAGGAGGUCAUGAAGAACAUCACAGUUGAUAUCAAAAUAAAGCCAGUGUCCAAUUUCUUAGAUUUCAUGCAUAGCUCUUGGCAAGUUUUUUUGAAAAGUUCUGUGCACCUUAUAAAAUCGAGUUGUAUAACUGAAGCCUAUCACUGUAAAAGUGUGAUUUACAAAUUAUUACUUUUGCCGUAUGGAUCUCUCUACCCUGUUUGAUGAGAUGUAGUGCUCCAGAACCAUUGUUUUUAUUUUUUCCCCUAUGAUGGUGCUGAUAAGUCCUCAUUUACCCUUCAUUUUAUUUUAUUUUUCUCUGCAGUAGCAUCUGCUGCUUUUAGGACUGUGUCUUACUUUCAUGAGGCAUUUAUUUCGAUUUUAAGAUCCCCUGUCCACUACCUCUUUUGCGGUGCAUAACUGUUCAUUGGAACUUUGUGAAAGAAACUUCAAAAAAAAGAAAAUGUUCAAAUUCUACCAGUACUUUUUUACAUUAUCAUUUUCAAAAGCCUCUCCUUCAGGCACCCACAGGGUAAUUUUACACGUCAGAAGUGUUGUGGUUGCCAACUGUAGAGAUUCUUAUUGUAAAGCUCUGGGAGCAUAGAAUUCCACUUCUUAAAGUCCAAAUGUCUCUGCUUUUCAAGAUCCGUGUGAAAAUUUGAUAAGUACAGGUGAAUUUUUUUAUACUAUAGCGUUAUACUUAGUUUUAGGAAUAUUCAGAAAGGUAACUAGCCCCAAUGAAAAUAUGUAUUACUCACAGAUCUCAAAUGCACCUUAAAUUGUUAUUGUUCCCCUCUUGUGCCUUUGGUUUUUUUUUUUUUUUUUUUUUUUUUUUUUUUUUUUUAAAAAAAAUGAAAAAAAAAUAACCUUUGCAAAUUUUGAACCCAGUUUAGAUACUUUAAAAAUUGCAUACGUAUUAUAGACCUAAUUAUUACCUACCUUAGCUAAUGAUUCCUUCAGAACGUACUUAACUGAAUGCUCAAACAUAACAAGAUAAUGAAGAGAUUUUUGUAGUAUGGAAUGAGGACUGUCAAUAAUAAGUUGUGGCUCAAUGAUAACCCUACAGCUUUAAUAGUACAAAAAGUGUAAGGAAAGAGAAUAUGAAAUUUCAAAUGGUAAUCUCAUGAAAUUUUAUAUUCAAUUUCUUUUUAAAUUUUUUCAGAGUUGAUAUAUCUUAAAAUAAAUUAAUAUUGUAUUUUCUAAUUCGGAGCAUCACCCUAUAUUCCAAUUAUGCAUCACGCUCGUACUUUCUGCACUGCAUAUUUGUAUCAAUAGCAAAUCUUUUGUCAUGAUUAGAUAUCAAGUUUAACCUCAACCACCGGCCUUUGGAAAAUAAACCGAUAAAAAAUGUAUCAUUUAAAACUUAGAAAGGUCUCAAACAGCUCAAGUUAAAAUGACUGACUAUUAGAAUUUCAUCAUCAACUAAAUUCGAGAUCUUAAAAAGGUGUAAGUUGAAUCUUUAUAAUUGAUGACUGAGGUCCUUAUUUUCAAAGCCUGUCUGAUGGUCUAUUGAUCCGAUUCUGGAUUGCAACUUCCAUUCAAAAUUGUUCAGGUAUUUCUGAUGUUUGCACGUUCACAUGAAGUAUAAACCAAAUUAUUCACUCAGUAUUCUCUUAAUAUUGACUUUGAUUCUAAAUAAUUGGUGAAAAUCAUUCGCAAGCUAAAUUGUUUUCAUUCCAUUUCUUUGAAGAUGACACACUGCUGAUGUAUGUACUUAAAUUUGAAAAUCUGCAGGAAACAGAACUUUUGACCUCAGAGGCAAAAUUUUCAGUACCUAUAGCAAUAUCUGUGGAGUUAUGGGUGGAAAACUGGCAAAGAGAAAAAAAGGAGGUGGUUGCA